CUGGAUGGGCAAGCUGGAAGAAGCGCAGGCGCUCAAGUCGACUGAUGCCGGCCAGAAGCAACAGCAGCAACAGCAACAGCAGCUGCGGUUUGACAGCAAAGUUGCCCUGGUCACUGGCGCGGGAAACGGGCUGGGCCGCGCCUACGCGCUGAUGUUUGCGCGGUUUGGCGCUCGGGUCGUUGUCAAUGACCUGGGAAGCGUCGAGCACAAUGGCAAAAAGGUGCGUGCGGCCGACCUGGUUGUCGAAGAAAUCAAGCGGGCCGGCGGACAGGCUGUGGCCAACUACAGCUCGGUCGAGGACGGCGAGCUGCUAGUGAAGACUGCCAUUGACGCUUUUGGCCGUGUGGACAUUGUCGUCAACAACGCGGGCAUUCUGCGCGACAAGGCCUUUGCUAACGCCUCGCCCGAAGACUGGGACCUUGUGUACCGCGUGCACCUGCGUGGCACGUACAAGGUGAGCAAGGCCGCAUGGCCCCACUUUUUGAAGCAAAAAGGCGGCUCCAUUAUCAAUACCAACUCGGCCGUUGGCAUCUUUGGCAACUUUGGGCAGACCAACUACGCGGCCGCCAAGGCCGGAAUCCAAGGUCUGACCAACACGCUGGCCCUGGAGGGCGCCAAGUACGGCAUCCGCGUCAACGCCAUUGCGCCUAACGCCGGCACGGCGAUGACCGCCACGGUGAUGCCGCAAGAGAUUGUCGAGAUGCUCAAACCUGAGUACGUUGCGCCGCUUAUUGGCUACCUCGCGCACGAGUCUUGCCCGCACACGGGCAAGCUGUUCCAGGUUGGCUCGUGCUGGAUUUCGGAGAUCCGUCGCCAACGCUCCGGCGGCGUCGGCUUCCCGCUCUCCGCACCACUGACGCCCGAGGCCAUCUCGGCGCGCUGGCAUGAGAUCAACAACUUUGACGAUGGCCGCGCGCACUUUGUCGCCGACACGCGUCAGAGCUCGGCUGAGCUGCUCGACAACGCUAACAACACGGGCGAAGAGCAGAAUAACGAAGAUGACGACGAGGGCAAGAUCGAUCUGGCGCGUGCUUAUGGCGCCAAGAGCGAAGCACAGCCGUUCGACUACACCAAGCGCGACGUGGUCGUGUAUGCACUAGGAAUUGGAGCAUCGCGCAAUGAUCUGCCGCUGGUCUACCAGUCCGACGACCAGUUCCAGACGUUCCCCACGUUUGCCGUUAUCCCGUCCUUCCACGUCCGGGUCGACUUGACCGACUAUCUGCCGGCAUUCAACCCGAUGAUGCUGCUGCACGGCGAGCAGUUCGUUGAGAUCCACCGGCCCAUCCCCACGGAGGGCCGGCUCCUGUGUAUGUCGCAGAUAGUUGACAUCCAGGACAAGGGCAAAGGCUUGACAAUUACCAGCCGCCUCACGAUGACCGACACGCAGGGCGGCCUCAUCGCGGUCAGCGAGUCUACAUCGUUCAUCCGCGGUGUGGGCGGGUUCAGCCGCAAGCCUGGGUUUAAGCACGUAGAGGCACCCGCAAGAUCCAAGGCCGCAACGUCCACCAACGCUGUCCCGAAGCAGCGGGCGCCCGAUGCAGUCUACUCACAGAAAACGUCUGAGGACCAGGCCGCCCUGUACAGGCUUUCGGGCGACUACAAUCCGCUGCACAUUGACCCCGAGAUGAGCAAAUUGGGUGGAUUCAAGACCCCCAUCUUGCACGGUCUCUGCACACUUGGCUUUGCCACCCGCCAUGUUGUCAAGCUGGCUGCGGAUGACAACGCCGCCAGGCUGAAGAACGUGAAGGCAAGGUUUUCGUCUCCGGUCAUUCCUGGGGAGACCCUAGAGACCAGCGUGUGGGUGGACAGGGAUGAUCCCAAGAGGGUUAUUUUCCAAGUUCGCAUUGUUGAGCGUGAUAUAAUUGCCAUUUCAAACGCUGCAGCUGAGUUUAGUGCGCCAGUGACGAUUGCUGCUCCGGCCAAGCUUUAAAUGAUUUUAUUCAUUUUAAUAAACGGUCCUUUUAUAUUAUGUUGAUAUGUCGCUUUGAACUAUAAAUAAAAAGUGUACCUGCAAAGCACACUAAAUAUGUUAAAA